AUGGCUGCCGCUCUCGGCCAAGUGAGCUGUGGCAGCAGAUUUUCGGCUCGUAGGUCGAGAAACGGAAACACCAACAUAUGGGGUUUAAAGAAGAAUUUUGCCCUUCUGGAGUUAUUGGAAAAACUGCAGUUAUCACGAGAUCUGACAGCAGCUGAGCAAAAUGAGAGCACCAAUGACAAUGAGGUUAUUUCCUGCGAUGAAAAUGAAGAACACACAGCUAGUGUUUAUUGUUUAAUCUGCAGUACACAUCUAUGUUCAGAGUGCUCUGAAUCAUCUCAUUCAACACGAACAUUAGCCAAACAUAAACGAGUUCCAUUAUCAGAAAAGCCGAGAGAGAGGCCAACAUGUCCAGACCAUCCAACACAGCUGUUAGAAUUCUGCUGCCUUGAGAAAGAUUGUGAAAGAAAUCCUCUCAUCUGUAUAUUCUGUAAAGAUUAUGGAAGCCAUCGAGGACAUAAGCAUACGCUGGUAGAAAGUGAGGCUGACAAUGUGCGUACGUCUAUUAUUGAGGCAACACAGCAUAUCCGAGUCUUUACUGAAGAAGUCACAGAAUCCGCAAAACGCUUAACUACAAUUAUACAACAGGUUGAGGGGGGAAUGCAAAUGCUAGAACAGCCUGAUGGAAUGGCAGAGCUCAGACAGGUGACGGGUACCGCAGAGAUGUCUAGAACUCGUGUGCGUGAUUAUUUUAAUGAAUUACAUGAAGCACUCUAUAGACAGGAAGAGGUUGCUAUUAGUGUAGUGGAUACACAUGUGAGAGAGAAAUUGCGAACUUUGCGACAACAACAAGAAGACUUGGCUAUAGUACUGUCUCAAACUAGCGCUAUUUGCUUACAAUGGGAAAGGGUAUUACAGCAGGACAAUGCCAGAGUGGUUAUGGCUAAGCAUGAUGUGAAUAACUUGGUGGAAACUUUGCAUCAACAACAACAGCUGUUGACAGAGUUAUCAGAGCAUAUCCCAGUAGAUGCUACUAUACCAAUGACAUUUACUAAGGACAAUAGAGUUCAUAUUGGUCCAAAGUUAGAAAUGAGAGUGGUGACUUUGGGGUUGGAUAAUGCUGGCAAAACUACUAUAUUGUUUAAACUGAAGCAGAAUGAGUUCAUACAAACUAUACCUACUAUUGGUAAGUUAAUCUUACGUGUACAACAAAACCUUCUGUCUCCAGAAAUGGGUUCUUAUUCUAGAAAUCCCUCACUCAGGGAUUUGAACAAAACUACUAGAUUGUACAAUGUUUGUAUUACAGCUAUAAUAUUUGUGAUUGACAGUAGUGAUAGUCAUCGACUACAUGAAUCUUAUGAAGAGUUGUCAAAGUUACUGACAGAAAGAGAGCUUCGAGAUGCUUUACUUUUAGUCUUUGCAAGUAAACAGGACUGCCGUGUUCCAUGUGUGUUGAAGAACUAUCCCAGCGUCUGGAGUUGCACAAGUUAUGUUGUGGACGUGUCUGGCACAUCCAAGCAUGUGAUGCUCAAAGUGGAAACGGACUCUUGGAUGGGUUAGAUUGGUUGUCUCGACAACUGGUUGCUGCUGGUGUCCUUGAUGUUGCAUAGUGGACACCAUGUUAACCAACCCACCCAGUCUACAUCGAGGAAUCUUACUAUCUCGUAUAUAUAAUAACAUCAACCACUGAGUUUAUCCUCACAAUGCACUUACUUAUGUAUAUAUAUAUAUAUAUCAAUAUUUAUUUGAUAGCACUGUAUAUAUUAUUUCUAGUGAAGCGUUGCAUGUCAUGAUAGACAUUUACAGAUGUCAUGCUCAUUUGCUUAUGGUAUAGUCAUCAUAUUUUGUAAAUGCACGUAGCAUGGAUGUGUUUGUAAAAAAAAUGUAUGAAAGACCAACACUUAAUUUGUUAUCAAGUUGAAAACAAAUUUCCGCAUUUCACCCAGUUGUUUUCAAUUUUUCCCUCAAACAGUUGGAGGAAUUGAUAUACUUAUCUUGCAGUUAAGGGGUUGUUAUACUUUUCAUGUAGUUAAGGGGUUGUUAUACUUUUCAUGCAGUUAAGUGGUUGUUAUACUUUUCAUGCAGUUAAGUGGUUGUUAUACUUCUCAUUGUAGUUAAGGGGUUGUUAUACUCUACUUUUCAUGUAGUUUAAGGGUUGUUAUAUUUCUCAUGUAGUUAAGGUGUGAUAUAUUUCUCAGUUAAGGGGUUGUCAGAUAUACUUCUCAUGCAGUUAGAGGGUACUACUCUACACAUCAUUUAUCUCCUUCUGAUAGGAACAUCUAAUAAGCUAUUGUCUGGGCUUCUUCUGCUGACCUUUCACCCCCAGUUGCCACUGGUGAGGUACAUUGAGAUUUUGCUGGAACAAACUACAUCACUUUUGUUUACCACCGUUUGCUACUAGAAAGGAAUUUUAAUCUAAAAACAUGUCAUCAGCCACAGUAAGGUUAACACAACAUCAUAAAAUAAUUUUCUUAUAAAUAAGCGUAUCUUUCUUUCUGAAAAAUCUUCUUCUCAAUUUCCAAGUGGCUAAACAAGUUGGUUGGCGAAGAAACACAAUGUAAAAAUAACAAACAUGGAUAACCCUCCACAGAAAUCCAGGCUGUUAAAUAAGUUGUGAUGAUGAUUUUGCAUCAAAAUCAUGUAAUGCCUAGAUCACACUGGAUGUUCUCAAGGAAUGUAACUUGCCUAUCAAAAUGCCAAUAAUAAAGCACUGUUUGAAGAGUUUGUGAUGUAAA